CCCACGAUCAUCCCGUCCAAAGCCCUAACCCACGAUUUUUAAACCUCUCAUCUAUGUCACUAUCUCCAUUAUCUUCCAUAAGCUCUGUAAGUUGUUCCUCCCACAUAUUGUCUUCUCUUCUUCUAUAAAUGGCCACCACUAAGUCGAGUUCGAAGUUACCUUCCCCAGCUAAAAAAAUUUCUAAAAUUUCUAAGAAACCUCCUACAAAUUCAUCUAAAGUUGAUCCUAAGAUGAGUUUGAAGCGCAUUGCGAAGAAAGGAAUGAGUGAUGUUGCAGAGCCAUCUGGUUCUAAGAAAAGACCUAUUCCAAAUAAAAUUGAGUCUCGUAAGACAAAGAGAGCAAAAUCUUCGAAAUCUGCCAAGGAUGUUAUAUCUUAUUUUGAUUUUGAGGAUGAAGUGCAUGAUGGGGAAGUGAAGCCUAAAGUUAAAUCCAAGGUCCAUGCUAAGAGCUCAGAAAAGUAUGAAGACUUUGACUUACCCAAAAAAAAAUCCUUCUAAGGUGUCUUUUUUUGUGUUUUUUAUAGUACAUUUCUGUUUUUCCCUUUUCUAUUGUUUCAUGUCAUUUGUCAGUGAUGAUAAUCAUUUUUGUGUUGUCGACUUCUUUUUCUUCUUCCUAGUUGUUUUCAAGCUGUUGUACCAUUUCUGCAGUCACAAGCUUUGCGUAGUCAAAAUAUUCAUUUACUCCUGUAGUUUUUUUUUUUGUGUUGUUUUUUGGUUGUUGGAUGGUUGUCUCUGAUGUCACAGUCCCUGUCUCUAGAAAAAAUGUAUCAUCUUGAAUUGUGUGUGCAAAUAGUUGUUGCUUGGAAGUUGUUCCUGGGUUGUUUCCAGGUUGCUGCAAAUCUUCCUGUGCUUUGUUGUUGUCAUAUGCUGCGAUCAUCAUAUUUUUAUCUGUGAAAUCAACUAUUAAACAACUAUUUUGAAGCAUACGUUAGUUAAUAAGGAUAAAUUCAACAUUUCUUGUUUGGAGAUCCCAAACUACAAUUAUUUUACUAGAAAACAACUUAUAAACAACUGUUUACAG